AUGAGGUAUAUUUUUUUUCAAAGUAGUGGAUUUACGUCAAAACUUGAUAGAGUAAAACAAAAUGUCUUGAUUGAUAAAAAUAAGAAAUAGUAAACAUCUUCCAAUGCUUAUGAAGGUGUUUUUCUGGAUAAUAAUUAUUAUUAACCAUUACUAAUAAAAAUUCUGAUUUAUUUACAAUAUUCUAAAGAAUAAGAAAUCAAUUACAUACUAAGUGAUGGAUCAAUUAUUAAAACGUAAUUAUUAACUAAUUUUAGUGAUUCAGUUGAGGAAUAUUAAGAAAAACAAGAAAAUUUAGAAAAUUUAGACUACAUCAAAUAUUUUUAAUGGUAGGGUGAGUGUCUAUAAAAUAAAGUAAAAAUUGGUAAAUGGAUGGCUUUUUGGGAUGGAGAAAUUCUAUUAAAUGUUGGUGGAUGUUACAAAGAUACAGGUUUAAAAUAAGGUUUAUGGAAAGAAUUGAACAAGAAUUAUAGAAAGUAAUUUUAAAUGUUAUUCUGAUAGUUAAGUUGAAGUUUAUGAGGCAGGAGAAUAUCUUAAUGGUUAAAGAAUAGGAGUUUGGAAGUAUAUUUUUGAAAAUAAGACAAUGUAUUUUUUAAACUUUUUCUAGUGGUGGCGGAUCAUAUAAUGAUUUUGGUUAAAAGAAUGGAAAAUGGGUAGAAUUAGGCAAAAAUUAUUAAAAGUAUUUCAGAUUGAAUAUUUCUAAAGGACUUUUAAAAUUACUUAUGAUGGAGAAUAUAAAAAUGGAAUUAAAGUUAGUAUCUGGAACAUUUUUUAACAAGAAGAUGAAAAUUUUAAAUUAGUGUAUUAAAGAAAAUUCAAUAACUUAUAUUAGUGGCUUUGGAUCAUAUGAAUAUAAAAAUACCAAUUCUAAUGAUGUUGCAAUAAAGAUAGGAAAGUGGAUUGAGCUGGGUGAUCAGUUUUGGAAGUAAUUUGGACAAGAUCUUUAAUUAGUUUGACCUAUAUUGUUAAUAAGGGAGAAUAUAAGUAUGGCAAAAAGGUUGGUAAAUGGUAAAUAUAUUACAAAUAAUAUUAAAACUAACCAUUAUUAUUGAUGUAAAUAAUACAUGAGUAAAUGAUUACAAUUAGCGGUGGCGGAUCGUAUGAUAACAUAUAAGAUGACUUUGGUAAAGAAAUCAAAAUAGGCUAUUGGAUUGAGUUGGGUGAUUCUUUUUAGAAGUAAAUUAUUAAUUUCACAUUAAAUAGUUAAAGUUAAAUUAUUUACCAGGGUGAGUAUAAAAAUGGUAAAAAAGUAGGUAUUUGGGAUAUUUGUUUUAGAGAAUACUAUUAUUAAUAAUUCUAAUAUAUGUAAAUUAAGUUUCAAAUUUUAGUGGUGGUGGUUCAUAUGAUUAAAACCCUGAUGAUUAUUAAGAAACAAAAAUUGGUGAAUGGAUUGAAUUGAACAAUAAUUUUGCAAAGUUUAUGUUUUUUGCUUAAAUUAUCUAGUGAUAGAUAGGUGACUUAUCAAGGCAAAUAUAGUAAUGGUAAAAAGGUUGGUAAAUGGAUAGUAUAUCAUAAAAAGAACGGAUCUUAUUAUAAAAAUGAAUAGAUGUAAAGAAUUAUAAAAAACAAUAAUCAUUAAAAUAGUGGUUUUGGUAUGUAUGAUGAUGAUCAAGGUAUCAAAAUUGGAAGAUGGACUGAAUUGAGCGAUAUAUAUAAUGAGUAAUAAAAUAAAACAUCAAACUUUUAUAAUAUAGAAAGAUUUAAAUUAUAUAUUAGGGAGAAUAUCACGAAAAUUAAAAAGUAGGUUUUUGGGAAGUAUUUUGGAGAUCAGGAGAAAAAAAUAAAUUAAUGUAAAGAAAUUAUUUUUAAUUUCAUUUAAGUGGAGGUGGAUAAUAUGUUUAUAAUCAAGAAAGUAAUUGUGGAAUAAAAAUAGGAAACUGGAUUGAAUUAAGUGAACGAUUUUCGAGGUAUAUUUAUAUUAUAAGUUUAUAUUAUUCUAAAAUAGUGAUCGACAAGUUAUUUACAGGGGGGAAUAUCAUAAUGGGAAGAAAGUUGGUAGGUGGGAUAUUUCAUAUAGGAGAAAUAAUAGAUUUGAAUAAAUGUAAAACAAUGAUUUUUAAAUUAGAGGUGGAGGACUAUAUGAAGAAAAAAUGGGAAUUAAAAUUGGACAAUGGAUUGAGCUGAGCGAUUAAUUUUGCAAGUAUACAAUUUUUAUUAGAUAUUUAAUUAAUUUUAGUUAGGAAUAAAUCACUUAUAAUGGCAAUUAUAAAAAUGGUAUUAAAAUAGGUAAAUGGGAGCAAAAGAAAAGGGGCUAAAGAGAUAUUCAGUUUCUAAAAAGGUAAAUAUUGUAUUUAAAUGUUAAAACAUAAAUUUUAGUGGAGAAAUGAUCUAUGAUUAUUGAUGU